AUGACGUGGAAGAGAUCUUGUAAUGCGGAAAUCAGCUCAAAUCUCAUCCAGGCACUCCAAGGUAUACUGGUCGAAACGUCGGGUGUGAGUCAGGAGGAGAUUCACAAAGCGCUCACUUCAGAGCAGAACCCGUACAUGAAGAAGCUCGAAGACAAAUUCUACCGUCUCUGCACGGCAUUGACGUACAGAAGAAGACUUCCCACAUCCGCUGCACGUCGCGAAAUCUGCACCUCUCAACUUUCAGACAAUUAUGUCACCUAA